AUGGAAGACGAAAUGAACAGCGAGCGCAAUGGGAAGAAGCGGGUCCGAGGUGACUCGGAUCUGGACUCACCACAGCGGAAGCGAGUUGACUCGGAUGUGAACUCGCCGGAAGCGAAGAGGCUCAAGGAGGAGCCGGAUCUCCCGCCGGCCGACUUGCAAGCAGUUAACUGGGACGAGUCCGACUCGAGCGCCUCCGAAGUGAAUCAGAUCCGGGAUGAGAUCCUGGACAUUUUCGACGAGACGGACAUGGUGACGGACGGUGAUCCGGCUAUUAAGGAUCUCGACUCGGUCAUCAAGAGUUUCGAGGAGGAGAUCAUGCAUCCUUCGCCGCAGCCUGCACGGAUGCCGGAGGUCCUUCUCUCGUUGGAAUACGGCGAGCCGCAGCCUGACCUUGGCUUCCUUCUCGAAGCCUCCGACGACGAGCUUGGCCUUCCUCCGACAACCUCUCCCGCCGGAGAUGGUACGAGAUCGCAAGUAGAACAUGUCGAAUCGGCGACGGUUGCUCCAGAAGUCGCCGUUCUGAACGAGAUCUUGGGGCUGGAAGGCGACCUACCGACUUACGACUCGUUCGGCUUCGCAGUCGGUGAAGAACCUAAAUCCUACAACAACGGCGAGUUCGUUACCGUCGGCGGACUGUUCGACAAUGACUCCAGCGAUUUUUCCGAUUUCUUGUAUCGGCCGGAGUCGUUGCCUGCUCUUUAG